AUGAAGAUUUUCAUAGCAGCAACCGUCGUUUUCAUCACCUGUUUGAUCCUUGAUGUAAUUUAUGAUCAGCAACUCUGGGAUUUUAAUACAAGGAUUACGAAAUACAUGUAACAAAAGCAAACCCCUGGGUUGUAAAGUAUGUUUAAUUUCUUCUCCAAUUGGAUAAACAUUUUUCCUGGAAUAGCAUUAUUAAUCUUUAUAUUUACAGAAAAUAAAUUGGCCUCCAUCAUAUAUAUGUGCUUAAUAUAAUUUACAAUUUCAUUUAACUCAGUUCUUAAAAAUGUAUAUCAUCAACCAAGACCUUAUUGGAUUGAACCCGAUAUUGUGGCAUUGUCGUGCAAUAAAGAGUUUGGUAAACCGUCAGGACAUGCUAUGGGUUCAUUAUUGAUGUGUUUGUUAUUGCCCUUGAUGGUUCUCCCUUCAAGCUUUGUGAAAAAGCCAAAACUAAUUAAAAGUAUUAUCCUAGGUUUUGUUUCCAUAUGGAUUGUUAUGACUGCAUUGUCUCGCAUCUAUUUAGGGAUGCAUACAAUAGGAUAGAUUCUGCUGGGUUGGAUGUAUUCGAGUUAUUUUAUUUUAAUUUAUCUCUCCUAUUUGCAUUAACCUAUACUGGAAUAUUUAAAAAGUAGAUUGUCAUCUGUUGAU